CCGCAGUGCUGACCCCCGGGGGAACGAAUCAUGAAGAAUUGGGCAAUAGGAAUAUCCCGACCUGGAUUUGCAGCUUAUUGGGCUUUUAAGCCGUGUUCUUUUAUAGCAUUGUGGAAUUGAUCUUACGGAGAACAUCUGAGGUCACCUGAUCAUGACAAGUGUUGUAAACAAAGCUAUUUUGGAGCUUACUCCAUCAUCAACUGAAGAAGAUGCAAAAGAAACUUAUGAUGCUUGGGCUGCAACUUAUGAAAAGGAUACAGAUGAACAUGGGUAUAAGGGCCAUGUCUUAUGUAUGGAAGCUUUCAACAGAGCCAUGCAGUCUGAAGAGAUCUUUCCUGGUGCAGACAAAAACUUAAAGAUCCUUGAUGCUGGAGCUGGUACAGGCAUCAUUGGUGAGAUGCUGGUUAAACAAGGCUAUACAAAUGUUGAUGCCUUGGAUAUUUCACCAAAAAUGUUAGAUAUUGCUGAAAAGAAGAACAUUUACAAGCGACUUAUCUGUGCACCUUUGAGUGAUGUUCGCAUAGACCAGAUACAGACUGCUGAAUAUGAUGUGACAUUGUGCGCAGGCACCAUCGUUUAUGGUCAAGCCAAGCCUGUGGCACUGGAUGAGUGUAUACGUCAUGUAAGACCAGGUGGAUUGUUUAUUUUCUCUAUUCGAGCAGAUUCUUUUGACCCAAAGGAACUUGGUUAUAGCACGAAGUUUGAGGAGUUGGAGAAGUUAGGAAAAUGGAGCCUUGUAAACAGGGAGCUGCGUGAGCUGUAUUCGAACCCCCAUGAGGAACGCUAUAGAAAUUGUUAUUUGAUCACUUACAAAGUGCUUAAAAAUUGACCAACUAGCUCGUAUCACAGUAACUUUUCUCAAAAUUAAAGGCUGCACCACAGCUGCUUCAUUUUAGCCGACUUUUCUCAUUCUCUAUUGAAACAUUAUUUCUGAUCCUCUGCUUUGGUCCAAUGAAAAGAAAAUUUGAUUUAUAGGACAGUUUUUCUGUGUGAUGAUAAAUGAAACAAAUGUGAAGUGAUUGGAAUUUCAACUGUAAUUGCGGUACAUAAUCAGACUCGAAUUGCAAUCAUCGUCUCCAAAAGAACCACAACAAUUGAUAGAAGCUAUUUGUGGUAAG